CCUCGGUCUAGAGUUAUUUCAAUUGUGUGAUCCAGAGUUUUCCUCGGUCUUCUUGUAUUAUAUGUUCAAAUCCUUACUGCAAAGAUUGAAUUUUUAUUUAAAUUUUCUUUAUCAUUUUUUGUCAAUUCACACCAACGGAAUGCCUAUUCGAAUCAUAUUCAUUCAAAUUUCUCUUAUCAACCAUAUUUCUACUCGUUUCUUCAAUUUUGUAAAGACAAUUGGAAUCAACUUGAUCCAGUGUGUCCCUGAAGAACCGGAUCUGAUUGAUACAAAAGCCCGUGCAACACCUAGGCACAAAAGAGAUCUCGACUAAGCUGAAGACGAUGUUGUCAACCCAAAGCCACCACCUGGUGCCAAAAACAGCGUCGGGUGGACACCACUGUAUAGUGAACUUAUAGGAUGCUCAGGAAUGUCUCGAAAUGAUUGAAAAGUACCAAAAAAAAAAACCACAUUGGAUGGUGAGGACCUCUCUGAUUUCAGGAAUUUGAGUUUCCGGAGAUGAGUUCGGGUUCUCCUGAUUCGUCAAAUCCUCAGGAUAUCAAAUCUGCAGAAACAAAAAUGUCAACUUCAAUGCAAUCUGCACCAGAUAAUUCUGAACAUGAUGCACCUUCUAAUUUUUCGGCUUCUGGCAUUUCAACUUCGACGAAAAAUCUUAAAAUUUCCAAGCCAUUUGUUGGUUGCCAUUUUCACGUCUCACUUGUGGGUUUGGGUUGCGCUCAUCUCCAAAAUCUCCUCAGUCAGAAGGAAGCUCAGCUGAACCUUCACCAACUGCGCAAUCAGGUUUUAUUGGAACUAUAACGAAAGGAUUGGUUGACUCGUCCAAGAAUGCAGUGAAGGCUGUGCUGGUUAAAGCUCGGCAUGUUGUAUCUCAAAAUAAACGAAGAUAUCAGGAAGGAGGAAUUGAUUUAGAUAUGACUUACAUCACGGAGAAUAUUAUUGCUAUGGGCUUCCCUGCUGGUGAUAUGAGCUCUGGAUUUUUGGUUAUGUUGAGGGAUUUUAUCGGAACCACAUGGAGGAAGUAAUUAAGCUCUUUGAAACUUACCACAAGGACAAGUACAAAGUGUACAACCUUUGUUCUGAAAGAUUGUAUGAUGCAUCGUUAUUUGAGGGAAAGGUGGCUAGUUUUCCUUUUGAUGAUCAUAAAUUCAACUAAUCAUAUCAUUUUGCCAAAGUGCAUAUUCAUGGUUGAAAGAAGAUAUUGAGAAUGUGGUGGUUGUGCAUUGUAAAGCUGGAAUGGCUAGGACAGGAUUGAUGAUUUCCAGUCUUCUUCUGUAUCUGAAGUUAUUCCCUACCGCUGAAGAAUCAAUUGACUACUACAAUCAGAAAAGGUGUAUUGAUGGGAAAGGGCUUGUUCUGCCUAGUCAGAUUGUGAAUGCAUGCUUAGAGGAUUUCGGCUGCACAGAUGUCCAUACUGGAUUAAACCUUCCAUUACAGUAUCUGACCAUAAUGGUUACUCUCUAUCUAUAUGUGUGUUCUCUUUUCAACAAAGAAGCAUCCAAGAACCAAAGAUUUGUCGGUGAGUUGUUCCUUCUAGCACAGAGUUUCUGUCAGCGAAUUAUUUAUUUUGAUGUGACAGCCGUAUACUCGGAAAGUUUGAUUAUUAAACAACCCAAGGUUGAAUAUGACAAAACAGCUCAGAAAACACUGAAAAACAACCAGCUUUGGGGUUCGUUUUCCUCUUUAUUCUUCAGAUUUAGCUGAGUUGAAUAUAUCUUUCGGUUUCUGAUCCUUUCUGAUCACCUUUUCUCUUUUUUUCUCAUUUGGCAUUUGUUGGAACUAGAGGCAGAUCUCAAGUGAAAACAUACACAAGACUGAUUGCUCAUUGAAUUACAUUGCAAUAUUUCACUGCACAAGACAAUAUAAUAUCCAAGGCUGUCUGGCAUUACAAAGCAUAUAACUAGAAUUUUUUUUCUUGUUGGGACUUCAUAAUUGCUUCUCUAAACUUGAUUCUUUCAUUUCUAAUGGAUAUUUAAAUUGCAGAAAAAGCCAAGAUACGUGUCUGGAAUCACAGAAGAUACUAUGUGACUCUAAGAAUUUUUUAUUUUGCUUCUUACUUACCCUUCUUCAUUGCCUCUUUCUUUAGAAAGAAAUAUAUAUAUAUAUAUAU